GCACCCCCAGUCAGUAUGUGGAUUGCUGACAGGCUCUCUUUCUCGGAGGUAGUCGGCGCUAUGCUGGGUAGCGAUGCCUUAUUAUAUCUCGAGGAGGGGGAUUACGGCACUUACCGCCAUACAUAUUUGAUGCCUCCAUUGACGGGAGCUCGUACCCCGAUGACGAGGCCUGCCGGUAUGUCAUCCUCGGGCCAGGCCCGGGCUCGGGCUGCAGACGCCCCUUCUACUAGUAGGGCUGGCACAUCUAGAGGUAGGGGUAGAUCGAUUCCUCCGACUCCUCCGACUUAUCCUCAUCCUGGAUGGCCAGAUAUGCCAACUGAGUUGAUGGCGUGGCAGUAUGGGGCUAUCUCUCCGACUCCGAUCCCGCUAGAGCCUCCGAUGCCCAGUGAUCGAUACGCCAUUGAUCCUGACUCACCGCUGCCAUCGCGAGGGUACAUAGAGGAGGUGGUUGGACUGGUGGCCACACUCGAGGGCAUGGUCCUGCGUAGGGAGGCACAGUUGUCUGUCGCGGGCAUUCAGCCGCAGGCCAGGCCACCUAGGCCUCCUUAGGGAACUGGGCCAUCUGGGCCAUUUCACGGAGUUGGG